AUGAGCCUGCCCGCUUUGCUGCUGGUGCUGGCUCCAGGUACUUUGGCCCAAUACACGGUGACCCAGGACCGGUCCCAGGCCCCUGCCCAUGAAGGAGAACCCAUCCAGCUCAACUGCUCCUACACGGGCACCGAGUACAGCGUGCAUUGGUACCGCCAGCCCCAGGGAGGCCAGCUGCGGUUCAUGGCCUCCCUGUCCUCUAGCGGCAGAGACACUAGAGAGAAUUUCACCAUGAGCCUGGACACCAAAACCAAAAGCAGCUUCUUGUACCUGAACAGCAGCUGCCUGGAAGACUCUGCUGUGUAUCUGUGUGCCAUGGAGCACCGUGCUAGGUCAAACACUUUCAGACUGAACCACGUGCAGUUUGUAAAACUCCGUCUGUCUCCUGGUGGCUCAUCUCUAGCCCUCCACUGUAAGGGGACUUCCAGCCAAACACCCGCCCCCGCCUCCCUGGGCAUCACCUCCUUUGGCCUCCCUCGCCCUGUUUUCCCCACAGGGCCCAAGGCCCAUACGCUGUCAUUCGGGGGGAGCUGCCAGGCCGAGGUGCACCAGAACCUGUCUGCGGUCACUCGGGAAGGGCAGAACAGCAGCAUCACCUGCCACUACACGACGAGCGAUUUCAGGAGUUUGCGGUGGUUCAGGCAGCUUCCCGGAGGCCAGCCUGUCUCCCUGCUGAUUCUGGUGUCCGAUGGGAAACAAACCAAGGAGCCCAACCUCACGGCGGAGCUCGACAAGGGGAAGCAGCUGAGCUCCCUGCACAUCAGAGAAUCACAGCUGGGAGAUGCAGCCACCUACUUCUGCGCCGUGGAGACACAGAAUGAGUCCUAUGUGGGGCGGGUCAACCACACUGUGGUGACUCAUUUCAUCCUCUUAGGGAUCCCCAAUGCCAGCGGCCUCCAGACCAUCCUCUUCAUCACCUUCUUAGCAUUCUACCUCUGCACUCUGCUGGGCAACCUGCUCAUCUUAUUAGCCAUCCUCGCUGACCCCUGUCUGCACACCCCCAUGUAUUUCUUCCUCUGCAACCUCUCCGUGCUGGACAUCGGUUUUUCCUCCAUCAGCACCCCUAAAUUCCUGGCCAACCUCUGGGUUCGGAGCAGGGUCAUCUCUCUGGGCAGGUGCAUGUCCCAGGUCUUCUUCUACCACUUCCUGGGCAGCACCGAGUGCCUGCUCUACACCGUCAUGGCCUACAACCGGUACGUGGCCAUCUGCCACCCCCUGCGCUACCUGCUCAUCAUGAACCGGAGGGUGUGUGCCCUCCUGGCCGCCAGCACCUGGAUCACCAGCUCCUUCCACGCCACCAUCCUCACCAGCCUGACCUUCACGCUGCCCUACUGUGGGUCCAAUGUGGUGGACUAUUUCUUCUGCGACAUCUUCCCGGUGGUCCAGCUGGCCUGUGCAGACACAUACAUCAUUGAGACUGUGACCUUCACCAACACUGGCAUGGUGCCCACGACCUGCUUCCUCCUCAUCCUCGCGUCCUACGUCAGGAUCGUCUAUUCUGUCCUGAAGAUAAACUCAGGCGAAGGGCGGCGCAAAGCAGCCUCCACUUGCGCCUCGCAUCUGGCGGUGGUGACACUGUUCUUCGGGCCCUGCGCCCUGGUCUACACGCAGCCCCAGCUGAGCAAAGUGCUGGUGACCCCUGUGCAGAUCUUCGGAAACGUGGUCACGCCCAUGCUGAACCCGGCCAUCUACACGCUGACGAACAAGGAGGUGAAAGAAGCUCUGAGAAAACUGAGAGGGGGUCAAACGCCUGCAUGUUGA